AUGGGGAGCAGGCACUGCAAGGUGGCACCUGCUCCUGAGGAGAAGGAGGCAAAAGCAGAGUUGCCGGGCCCGGCGGGGCACGGACAUGGGCCGCAGCCCGGCGGCGAGCCCGAGCCGCCGCAGCCCGACCGCGAGCCCGAGCCGCCGCAGCCUGGCGGCGAGCCCGAGCCGGUGGAGCCCGGCCACGAGCCGCGGCCCGCCGACGAGCCCGAGCCGGUGGAGCCCGGCCACGAGGCGGGGCCCGGCGGUGGGCCGGGCACGUCGCGGCACGGCGAUGGGCCGGGCCUCCAGGGCGGCAGCGCAGGCUGGGCGGGCCCUGGCUGCUGGCGCCGCUGGUGGGCGAAGCUAAGGCGGCGCAGGCGCGGGGCGGCCGUGGCGGGCGGCAGCGGGCAGAGCUGGCUGGCGGCGGGCAAGGAGAAGCUGAAGGAGUAUCAGCAGAAGAAGAGCCCUGGAGCAGCUGCAGGAGCUAAGAAAAAACGCAAAAGUAAAGACGACGGUCGGCCCGAGACUCCCACGGGCGAUGACCAGCAGCCUCCAGAGAAUCUCUCGGAGUCCGUUCACCAGCUCCAGGCAGAAAGAGAGCAGUAUGUAGAGAAAGUGAAGGUGUGGAGCAUUUGGCAGCAGCAGGUGCAGCAGCUCUCUGAACAGGUCCGUGCAAUGGCAGACGAGCAGGAGGAGCAUGUGGCCUGCGGAGAUGAUGACGUGGACUCCUGAGUUCGACCAGAAGACCUUUUAUUAGUCCAGAACCCACGCUUAUAAUAUCCUCGUUUGCUGUUCACGCGCCCCAUACUAAAAUAUCCUUGGUUAAUC